UAAAUUUAACAUUACUUAGUCUUUACACGAGUAAAUAAUGAAGACUAUUACAAUAUUCUUUGGUUUCUUUCUGGUUGACGUGUUUGUUUUCUUGGAAGUAGAGGCCAACUAUCACGAUGCCGUCGGUAUUCCUGCUGCAAAGAAGAUCAAGGAACUGGAAGAAGCAAUGCAAGCUGAUGGAACUAUAAAUAUCGAGAGUAGAAUCAUCGGUGGAGAGAAAGCACCUCACCCUUAUCCUUUUUUCGCUGGCUUAAUCAUCUCGUUAAUCGGUAAACCACUAAAUUAUUCAGUCUGCGGUUCUUCACUGUUGUCUUCUAAUCGAGUGGUAACUGCUGCACACUGCUAUUUUGAUGGCGUCAAUCGUGCCUCGAAGUUUGAAGUGGUUUUAGGCUCUAACCUGCUCUACCAAGGCGGUGACCGACAUGUCACUAGACAUGUCCAAGUACACCCCUAUUAUGACCCGAAGUUCCUUACAAAUGACGUCGCUAUAUUAUACUUGCCACAGAACGUUCGAUUUACAAAUCUUGUACACCCGAUAAGAUUACCAACUAAUUAUGAGCAAACAAACACAUUUGAGGGAUACAUGGCCGUGGCUGUUGGCUUUGGAAAAACCAGCUCCGAACAACCUUCUCCUGCAAGUGUGUUGAGUCACGUCGAGUUGCAGGUGAUCGACAACGCGCAAUGCGCGGCCAGCUAUAAUAUUUACCUUGUGACGCCAAACACAAUCUGCACUAGUGGGAUUGGUGUCGCAGGAAGUGUCGGUGUUUGUAGUGGAGACUCCGGUGGACCUCUCUUCGUCUUGGACAGCAAUAGAGACCCAGUCUUGAUUGGUAUCACCUCCUUCGUGCGUAACGAAACAGUACCAUGUGUACCAGGGACACCUUCAGGUUACAGCCGAGUCACCAGUUUCAUGAAUUUCAUCAAACAGCAUUUGUACUAAUGUCAUUUGAAUUAUUAUGUGUAACGGCUUACAUGCGUAACUAUUUCCCGAGGUAACUCAACUAGUUUCAAGUCACAUUGGGAGUGUCACAGUCUACGCGAGUGAGUGGUUAAACAUAAUAAUCAAUUCUUUAUGUCUCACGAGAAUUACCUAUAUAUACGUAAUACAAGAACGAAAAAAGCAUAUUAUAAUAAUAAAUCAGCAAGAACAUUUAAAACGAA